CUGAAAUUACUCACAGGAAACAAAAGAUGAACAUUUUGAUUUUAAUUUUCUCUGCGUUUUUCUCCGUUUUAGCUGCUUCUGAAACCGCAAAUCAUCACCACUCCGGCGUUCGUUUCGAUCAAAAAUCACUGAUCAUCAAUGGAAAACGAGAGCUACUCAUUUCAGGAUCAGUUCACUACACUCGCAGUACUCCUGACAUGUGGUCAGGUAUUCUGAUGAAGGCUCGACGUGGCGGUCUUAAUGUGAUUCAGACGUACGUUUUCUGGAAUGUGCAUGAACCGGUGCAAGGCCGGUAUAAUUUUGAAGGGCAAUAUGAUGUGGUGAAGUUUGUUAAGAUGAUCGGGGCUCAUGGCAUGUAUGCAACGCUUAGGAUCGGACCGUUCAUUGAGGCUGAAUGGAACCAUGGAGGAUUUCCAUAUUGGUUAAGAGAGAUUUCAAACAUCACAUUCCGUACCGAUAAUCCCCCAUUCAAGCACUACAUGGAAAAAUUUGUGACAAUGAUAGUUAAAAAGAUGAAAGAAGAGAAGUUAUUUGCAUCACAAGGAGGGCCAAUCAUCUUGUCACAGAUUGAAAAUGAGUACAAGUCUGUGGAACUUUCAUUUAGAGAAUCGGGACGUAGAUAUGUUGAGUGGGCAGGAAAUAUGGCUGUGGGGCUGAACACCGGAGUCCCAUGGAUUAUGUGCAAGCAGAAUGAUGCUCCUGAUUCUGUGAUCAGUACUUGCAAUGGAAGGCAUUGUGGCGAUACCUUUACCGGCCCGAAUGCAACAAACAAGCCUUCUCUAUGGACUGAGAAUUGGACAGCUAAGUACAGAGUAUUUGGAAACCCACCAUCUGAAAGAUCAGUAGAGGACCUUGCAUACUCGGUGGCUCGUUGGUUCUCAAAAAAUGGAAGCCUUGUCAACUAUUAUAUGUAUCAUGGUGGGACGAAUUUUGGAAGAACAAGCUCGUCGUUUGUUACGACUAGUUACUAUGAUGAAGCUCCUCUUGACGAAUACGGGUUGCGCAGGGAACCAAAAUGGGGACAUCUCAAAGACUUGCAUUCUGCUCUGAGAAUGUGCAAGAAAGCUUUAUUUUGGGGUAUUCCUAGAAUUGAACAAUUAAGUGAGGACAUAGAGGCUAGAAUAUUUGAGAAAGCAGGAACAGAAAUUUGUGUUGCUUUCUUGACCAACAACAACACUAGACAUCCCACCUCUAUCAAUUUCAGAGGCCGUCACUAUUACCUGCCAUCACAUUCCAUCAGUAUCCUUCCUGAUUGCAAAACUGUGGUCUACAAUACAAAGAAGAUUGUAUCCCAACAUAAUGCGAGGAGCUAUAUAAGAUCCGAAGUUGCAAACAAGAACCUAACAUGGAAGAUGUACAAGGAAAGAAUUCCAGAACAACUAAAGCUGAAAUCCAAGAAACCAUUGGAGCUUUAUGAACUAACUAAAGAUACAUCUGAUUACGCAUGGUACUCUACGGUUGUAGAGUUGAACAGACGAGAUUUGCAAAUGCGGAAAGAUAUUGGUCAUGUGUUACGAGUUGCAAGUCUUGGACAUGCAAUGUUAGCUUUUGUUAAUGGUAAAUUUGUAGGAGCUGCACAUGGGAAUAAUAUUGAGAAGAGCUUUGUUCUUCAGAAGUCGGUGAACUUGAAGCCUGGGAAUAACACCAUAACUCUUUUGGGUUCUCUAAUGGGAUUUCCAGAUAGUGGAGCAUAUAUGGAGCACAAGAGAGCAGGACCGCACGGAGUUUCUCUGCUUGGUUUGAACAAAGGAACGCUUGAUCUAAGCUCAAAUGGAUGGGGCCAUCAGGUUGGGUUGGAAGGGGAGAAGCAGAGACUGUACAGUGUCAAUGGAUCAAGGAAACUAACAUGGACAAACGUGAAUACAGAAGGUCCUGCUCUUAUGUGGUACAAGACGUACUUUGAUGCUCCCGAAGGACGCGAUCCAGUCGCUGUGAGGAUGAAUGGCAUGGGGAAAGGCAUGAUUUGGAUCAAUGGAAAAAGCAUCGGACGCUACUGGAUGUCCUUCCUCUCCCCUCUCGGACACCCUACUCAAUCCGAGUACCACAUCCCAAGAUCAUACCUGAAUUCAACUAAAAACCUUAUGGUAAUACUCGAAGAGGAAGAAGCGAACCUGGAAAAGAUCGAGAUUCUUACGGUUAACAGAGACACGGUUUGUAGCUAUACAGAAGAGAAUGGAGCAGGCGGUGUCAAAUCAUGGGCAAGAAAAAACAGAAAAAUCUUACCAGUGGUGGAUAAUGUGAAACCAGCAGCAGCUAGUUUAAAGUGUCCGAACAAAAAGAAGAUUGUGGCAGUGGAAUUUGCAAGUUUUGGCAAUCCUUAUGGUGUUUGUGGAGGAUUUGUCGCAGGAAAUUGCAGUGUUCCUGCUUCCAAGCAGGUUAUUGAGCAGAAUUGUUUGGGAAGGAGAAGCUGUAAUAUUCCGAUUAGCAGACACAUUUUUGAGAAGAGGAGAGAUAUUUGCUCUGAUUUACACAACAAAAUAUUGGCCGUUCAAGUGAAGUGUGGCAAUUAUUAGAUCUUUUAAAAGGUAGACUUGUACAGUUAGAAAUAAUACUGAAAUAUAUUUUUUCUAUUUCAAUUAGAAAUUUUGCACUUCAUAUAUUGAAAUUUACUCCUUAUA